AUGGAAUCUCAGGCCGGCACUUCCGAAGUAAAUCAAUCCAACCGAAAGCGUGCCAUCACAGCUUGUCUGACCUGCCGCCAUCGAAAAGUAAAGUGUGAUCAUGCACAGCCAGUCUGUUCGCCGUGUAAGAAGGGAAACCGUGUUUGCACUUACGCCAGCCCACAAUCAACUUCGCAGCCUUCUCGACUUGCAAGUGGGAAUAGAGUGUCAAGGAGCAACCGACAAAUUGGUCAAGACGAUAUCAAGAACCGCCUCGAACGGUUAGAGCAACUUCUUGAACGUGCCCUCACCGGCGGCCCUGCCAUCCCACAACAUCCAGCUGAUACAGCUUCCAACCCGGAGCAUCCUCUUUCAAUUCAUCAGGGACCAGGUUCGUCACAGAAUCCUCAGUCGGAAACCUUAUCGACCGAUGGUUACGAUGGUGCUUUGCUCCUCGAAGGCCAAGGGGGUCAAUCACGCUGGGUAUCAUCUCUUCACUACUCUCUCCUGGCUGAUGAGAUCCGUGAUGUCAAGAUGCUUCUUGGAGGCCAGUCUGACGAUACACUGAGAGAAAGUUUACCGACAGUUCCGUCAGAAUCCCCCUUUCCAUUUUCAGGACCUUCCACGAAUGACCUCAGGACGUGGGCGCCGCCUUCAGCAGACACAUGCUUGACUCUACUGGGUACAUUCUACUCUAACGUUGACCCAAUGACUAGAAUAGUCCACAAGCCUACGCUCAAACGACGACUGAUCCAGUAUAUCGACUACACGUACGGCAUGAACGCUUCAAGCUCUGAGAACGAAGAGCCUUUGGUCGCUCACUCUGGUGAGGAUAUUCAUCCUUUCGAACCAUUGGCGUUGGCUGUCUUCUAUUCAGCUAUCAAUAGUCUUUUGGCUGAAGACGUAUUAUUGCAAUUUUCCAUAGAAAAGGAGACACUCCUUUCCCAAUUUCAACAUGGCGUGCAAGUCGGUCUGGGGAGAGAGAAGUUCUUGACUACGCCGAGCAUUGAAGUCCUUCAAGCAUUUGUACUGCUUCUGACCUGCCAGUCGCGGGAAGAUGACAUGGCAAAAACCUGGACCCUCCUGGGUCUUGCUCAUAAGAUGGCGCUUUCUCAAGGUCUGCAUCGAGAACCCUCGCUAUUCACAUCCACAGGCAUGGAUGUCGUCCAAGUUGAAAUUCGCCGCAGGCUUUGGCAUCAGAUAUGCCACCUAGACUAUCGCUCUGCAGAAAGCAGGGGUCAAGAGCCGACGAUAUCAGACGAGGACUUUACCACCUUUCUUCCACUAAACAUAUCGGAUGAAGCCCUCGUUGAGGGAAGCUUAGACGAGCCAUCUGCAACGCACGGGCUUACCGACAUGACAGUUCACUUGAUCCGUCUGUAUGGACAUCAUUGCUUUAGACGAAUUGUUCGAGGCACUUAUAAGCUUGAAAGAAUGACGAAAUCACAAGAAGCCAAGAAUGAUGACAACACUAGCCCAGUUGCCAAGCUUCGGUCCUUAUUCGAGGAAGUCAGGGGCAUGGUCCCGGAGCAGCGAAUGGCAAUUGGGCUUGCGACGGUAGUCGAGUGGCGGUGCUGGUCCAUCUUCUGGCUGCGAACACCAAAGCAAUAUCGGGAGUUGGUGAUUACCCCUGAAGUUCGACACAUUGAUAAGGACGCCCAGAGGUUUGGAUGGCAUAUUGGUGGUCAUGCAUGUUUCCAACCUAUCAUGCAUAUCGUCUCAGAGCUUGACAUGCCCAACUUCGAUGCUCCCAACCGGCAAGCACUACCAUCACGAGCCUUGGACGCACUGAAAAAGACUAUGCUCGCGAGGGGACGAGAAGCAACACCAAUGUGGAAUGCCAUGAAUCGUAUCAUCUCAAACUGCGUCGCCAAGUCCACGUCGAGGUCUUUCCCAGUAACGCCAUUCCCGGCUGUACGAACUGACUUGCCCAUCAACGCAACGACGCAGGGACUAGGUUCUUCUGCCACUGUGCCAAGCUCAGCGCUGCUGCCAGACAUGCCAGCUUUCGGAGACUUUACAUCAUCAGCCUCAUUGCCUGAUCCUACAGCAUUGGGGAGCAUAGAAAUGCUGGAACCUGACAUUAUGUUUGACUGGGAAUUUUGGAACAUUGAUCCUGCAGCUCCUAGUCUGCUUUGA